GGUGGUUGCUCACACACACUCACACACAUACAGAGUCAGGCACCGGGAAAAGCCGGCCCUCCCCAUUCAUCACUCAGCUCACUGUGACAUCGCUGUAGGCCUCAGGAUAGUAGAACUCCAGGGGAGCAGCUUCCCACACAGCCCCGGUCACUGUGCACACUGACCCGGGCACAGCCGCCCUCCCGCUCCCGGCUCCUUUUCUCUGCGGGCUCCACACAAACCUAUAUUGAUGGUGUAGAGCAUCGGGGAAGAGUUUUCUGAAGCGCUGGGGUUGUUGGAGUGGUCCAAUUUUUCCUGGAACUGCGUGAUACAUUCAGAAGACUGAAGCCCAGGCUCACGGUCUACCUUUCACGGAGGCCCAGCCGUGAGAGGACAGAAGAAGGCACGUGGCGAAUCAUGACGGCCGACAAAGAAAAAGACAAAGACAAGGAUCGAGACCGGGACAGAGAGAGAGAAAAACGAGAUAAAACCCGCGACGGCGAGAACUCUCGCCCACGGCGGAGCUGCACGCUGGAAGGCGGGGCCAAAAACUACGCCGAGAGCGACCACAGUGAGGACGAGGACAAUGAAAACAGCGGCAUGACGGCAGAGGAGGCCUCCAAAAACAAGAACAAGAAAAAGCUGCCAAAGAAAAAGUCCCGUUACGAACGGUCCACAAAUGGGGAGAUCACGUCUUACGUCACUGAAGACGACGUGGUGUACAAGCCAGGAGACUGUGUAUAUAUUGAGAGCCGAAGACCUAACACUCCAUACUUUAUAUGUAGCAUUCAAGAUUUCAAACUGAGUAAACGAGACCAUCUACUGAUGAAUGUAAAGUGGUACUACCGUCAGUCCGAGGUCCCAGAUUCAGUUUACCAGCACCUGGUACAAGAUCGGAACAAUGAAAAUGAUUCUGGCCGGGAGCUGGUUAUCACAGAUCCAGUCAUUCGGAAUCGAGAGCUCUUCAUCUCCGAUUACGUUGACACUUACCACGCGGUUGCUCUCAGGGGCAAGUGUAACAUCUCCCAUUUCUCAGAUAUAUUUGCUGCUCGGGAGUUUAAAGCCAGGAUAGACUCCUUCUUCUACAUCCUGGGGUACAAUCCAGAGACUCGGAGGCUGAAUAGCACCCAAGGGGAAAUUCGUGUGGGUCCGAGUCACCAGGCCAAGCUUCCUGAUCUGCAGCCGUUCCCUUCACCUGACCGUGAUCCUGUCACUCAGCAUGAAGAACUGGUGUGGAUGCCCGGUGUCAAUGACUGCGACCUGCUGAUGUACCUGAGGGCAGCCAGGAGCAUGGCUGCCUUUGCAGGAAUGUGUGAUGGGGGAUCCACAGAAGAUGGCUGUGUUGCUGCUUCUCGAGAUGAUACAACACUCAAUGCACUUAACACACUACACGAAAGCAACUACGAUGCUGGAAAGGCGCUGCAGCGUUUGGUGAAGAAGCCAGUUCCCAAGCUGAUAGAGAAGUGCUGGACGGAAGAUGAAGUGAAACGGUUCAUCAAAGGAUUGCGGCAAUACGGGAAGAACUUUUUUAGGAUUCGGAAAGAAUUGCUGCCCAACAAAGAGACGGGAGAACUUAUUACCUUUUACUACUACUGGAAGAAAACUCCUGAAGCAGCGAGCUCCCGUGCCCACCGCAGGCAUCGGAGGCAGGCGGUCUUCCGGCGGAUAAAAACUCGCACCGCCACCACCCCGGUGAACACUCCCUCCCGGCCUCCAUCAAGUGAAUUUUUGGACCUGAGCUCAGCCAGUGAAGAUGACUUUGACAGUGAGGACAGUGAGCAGGAAUUGAAGGGUUAUGCUUGUCGCCACUGCUUCACCACCACUUCUAAGGACUGGCACCACGGGGGUCGGGAAAACAUUCUACUUUGCACUGACUGCCGGAUUCAUUUUAAGAAGUACGGAGAGUUACCUCCUAUUGAAAAGCCUGUGGACCCCCCACCAUUUAUGUUUAAACCUGUCAAGGAGGAAGAAGAUGGUCUGAACGGGAAGCAUAGCAUGAGAACUCGCAGGAGCAGAGGAUCGAUGUCUACACUACGCAGUGGACGAAAGAAACAGACUGCCAGUCCAGACGGCAGAGUCUCCCCCAUAAAUGAAGACAUCCGUUCCAGUGGCCGGAACUCUCCAAGCGCUGCCAGCACAUCCAGUAAUGACAGCAAAGCAGAGUCCCUGAAGAAGUCAUCGAAGAAGAUAAAAGAGGAGCCCUCAUCCCCGAUGAAAAGUGCCAAACGUCAGAGGGAAAAACCAGUGUCGGACACAGAGGAGGCCGACAGGACCACAGCAAAGAAAUCCAAAACACAAGAGAUCAGUCGGCCAAAUUCCCCAUCAGAAGGAGAAGGGGAGGGGGAGGGUGAAGGGGAAGGGGAAGGCGAAAGCUCAGACAGCCGGAGUGUUAAUGAUGAAGGAAGCAGUGAUCCUAAGGACAUUGACCAGGAUAAUCGCAGCACAUCUCCCAGCAUUCCCAGUCCCCAAGAUAAUGAGAGCGACUCUGACUCCUCAGCCCAGCAACAAAUGCUGCAACCUCCAAGUGGAACUCCAGCAAUGGUCCCUCCUGCUGUAUCACCAGGACCACUUCCAGCUAUUGUUACUCCACCACACAACAUUGCUCCUGCUCAGAUAUCACCUUCUCCAUCAAUACCUCCUUCCCAGCCUCCUCAGCCCCCAUCUCUCUCACUUGUUCAGGCGCCAGUUUUGCACCCUCAAAGACUUCCCUCUCCACACCCAGCAAUACAGCCUAUUGCAGGGUCACAAGGAGAACCACAGCCUCCAAUGCCUGCACAAAUACAUCCACAGUCACCCCAUCAUGGACCAUUAGCUUCUUUGCCACACAACAUGCCACCACAACCCAUUCUACAGUAUCCAUGUUCUUCUCCACCUCAGCCCUGCCCUGCUCAGAUCUCUCCAUUGCCACAAACCCCAUCUCUUAACUUUCCCCAUAAUACUCAGGGACCACCAAAUCCUCAGCCUGCUCUGCAAACACCACCUCAGCCUUUGCGUGAGCAGCCUUUACCCCAAGCACCCAUUACCAUGCCUCAUAUCAAACCUCCUCCAACCACCCCUAUUCAGCAAACGCCAGCACAGACACAUAAGCAUCCUCCCCACUUACAGGGGCCAUCUCCCUUCUCCCUCAACUCUAAUUUACCACCACCUCCUGCUCUUAAGCCACUUAGUUCACUACCUGCCCAUCAUCCUCCUUCUGCUCAUCCACCUCCUUUGCAGCUUAUGCCUCAGAGCCAGCAACUUCAGGCAACAGCAGCACAACCACCAGUCCUGACUCAAAGCCAAAGUCUUCCCCAAACACCGGGUCACCCUCAGUCAGGUCUUCAUCCCUUGCCUCCUCAACCCUCCUUCUCACAGCAUUCAUUCAUGCCUGGAGGUCCACCAUCUAUACCAUCUAUAACUCCCCCUACCUGUGCUCCUGCUCCUACCCCAUCUUCCUUACCAUCAGCAUCUCCAAGUCUUCAGCCACCUUUACCUGUUGCAACUUCCGCUGCUGCUUCCAGUGUCUGCAUUCCUGUGGUAUCGCCAUCGCCCAAUCCACCUCCUUUGCCACCAAUACAAAUCAAAGAGGAGGUACCAGAUGAAAUUGAGGAGCCUGAAAGUCCUCCACUUCCUCCUCGAAGUCCGUCACCAGAACCCACUGUGGUUGAUGUUCCUAGUCAUGCCAGUCAGUCUGCCAGGUUUUAUAAGCAUCUGGAUCGUGGUUACAACUCAUGUGCAAGGACUGAUCUCUAUUUCAUCCCACGGAGUGACUCCAAGUUGGCCAAGAAAAGGGAGGAAGCAGCUGAGAAGGCUAAGAGGGAAGCAGAACAAAAGGUCCGAGAAGAGAGAGAGCGAGAAAAAGAAAAGGAGAAAGAAAAAGAGAGGGAACGAGAGCGUGAAAGAGAAGCAGAAAGGGCAGCGAAGGCUUGCAGUUCCCAUGAAGGUCGUCUUGGAGAGUCUCAGAUCGGAGGCCCAGCUCACCAUCGACCAUCUUUUGAGCCUCCACCUACAACCAUAGCUGCUGUUCCCCCUUACAUUGGGCCAGAUACACCUGCUCUACGUACACUAAGCGAAUAUGCUCGACCGCACGUUAUGUCACCCACCAAUCGCAAUCAUCCUUUCUUUGUCCCUCUUAAUCCCAAUGACCCUCUCUUGGCUUACCAUAUGCCAGGCCUGUAUAAUAUGGACCCUACAAUGCGUGAGCGGGAAUUGCGUGAACGGGAAAUGAGGGAACGUGAACUCCGGGAGAGGGAGCUACGGGAGAGGAUGAAACCUGGCUUUGAGGUUAAACCCCCUGAGAUGGACCAACUCCACCCUGGUGCUAACCCCAUGGAACAUUUUGCUAGACAUGGUGCGCUUACCCUCAACCCAAAUGCAGGACCACAUCACUUUGCUUUCCAUCCUGGCUUAAACCCAUUGGAUAGAGAGAGACUGGCCCUGGCAGGACCACAACUACGGCCAGAAAUGACUUAUCCUGAGAGACUGGCAGCCGAGCGAAUACAUGCUGAGCGAAUGGCAUCACUUACUAAUGAUCCUUUAGCCCGGCUACAGAUGUUCAACGUCACACCUCACCACCACCAACACUCGCACAUACAUUCACACCUCCAUCUACAUCAGCAGGACCCAUUACAUCAAGACUGCUGCUGUAACUCUAAGUCUUGGCCGGGCAUGGCUGAAAACGGGACAUGUGUUCCAGUCCACUUUCCUGGUUCAGCAGGUCCUGUGCAUCCACUGGUUGACCCACUGGCAGCUGGACCUCACCUGGCACGCUUCCCAUACCCUCCUGGUUCCAUACCCAACCCCUUGCUACAUUCACCUCAUGAACAUGAAAUGCUACGGCACCCUGUUUUUGGUGCUCACUACCCUCGGGAUCUCCCGCCACAAAUGUCUGCUGCUCACCAGCUCCAAGCUAUGCACGCCCAGUCAGCGGAACUGCAGAGGUUGGCGAUGGAACAGCAGUGGUUACAUGGUCACCCUCACAUGCAUGGUGGGCAUUUACCCAGCCAGGAGGAUUACUACAGUCGUCUGAAAAAAGAAGGGGACAAACAAUUGUAACGAAGGGAUGACUUUGGACCUCUCCCUCCCUUCCAGCUCCCUUAGGAGAGUCGGGCUCUACAUGACGGGUCCCCAGAGGCUGCGAGAUUCCUUCUGUAUUUAAAGACAUGUCAUAAACUGUCCUUUUUCAUCUGUAAAGAAGACUCUUCAGAGCCACACUGGCAGCCCCCCUGCAUGGCACAUUCUUCCCCCAGCCUCGGGAGGGGAGCAGGUGUGGAGGGAAAGGUGGGGACAGCACUGGACACUUGACAGCUUGUGCUUUUGGAGGUGCUACCCCCGAUACAUCCAUUCACUGUGUGCACACAAAGCCAGAGACUUGCUAAAAUGAAAAUAUACUCUGCCAGCAUUCUUGGGUCUCCCGUGCUGCAUUACAGAUCCAUUCUUUCUGUUAUGACAUCAGCAGGAGACCAUCUUCAUUGUACAGAGUUGCCCCAGUCUGCCCAUACCCUGUAAAUACAUUAAAAGCACGGACUGAAGGGGGGAUUUUAGCAGACACACCGUUUUUCUUUUACUGUCCCUGCAGUGCAGUUACUACCUGUGAAUUACCAUUAACCUCUUGACUGCCACUGGAUCCUGUGACAUUAAGCCUAUGGCAGCAAAGGGGUUAAGAAUUUAAAUAUACCCACAGAGGUACUCAAGCUUUACCAAUGAGGCAGUGGUAAAGCCCAAAUAACACCAUGUUUAAGUUUUUUUAACUUCGUAAACCAUCUUGUUCUGGCUUUUUGCUUACUCCACAUCUCUUGUCUGAGCCUAUAUAAUCUACAUUCUUAAUGGUCCGUUAUAGAGGAAGAAUCUGAUUUUACUCUGUGUUGAAUCCACUCCAGAUUUUUGGGUAUCUCUGGAGAGUUGGGGGUCCCUCCUUUUUUUUCUUCUGUUUUUAUCCUAAGUUUGCGUCUCACUUGUAGAUAGGGGCUACAGCGUUUUAAGUUGUAGAGGCAAAACGCACACAGGCUUGUGCGUAUCUUCACUUUAUAGCAUUAAAGUUUCUGCAGGGUUAGAACUUUUAUUAUUUAAUUUAUAAGGAAAGCCUCCUAUAUUUUACUGUUUUUGGGUCCUGCUAUACAUAAUGCCAAGGGUUUUAUUUGUACAGAUUCUAUUUAACCUGGGCUCUUAUUUUUUAAAUUCAUGGUUUUUUGUUUUGUUUGUAUGUUUAAUCUAUAUGUACCCUCUGCCACCCCUUUCCCCCACAGCGGCAGGCCUGUGUCAUGGUAUGAGGACUCUAGGCAUGCGGGUGAGCUGUAUUGAGGCACAUUUAGUAACUGCUUCUCCAACAUGUGAUGUUUUAACAGACGGGGCUCUUGGCUGCGUGAUUCUUGGUUAAUGAAAAAAGAAUAAAUA